GCCAGUUCUUAUUCUUAACAACCACGCCGGCCCAUUUCAGUGUUCAAGCUUAAUGUUCGAUCUUACCCAAUAAAGGGUUUCCUCUCCAAGAUGAGGCUCUACAAUGGCUUCCUUGACAUUCUGAAGAUUCAGAAGUUUCGGAGAAUCGUGUCAUAUACUGGGUUCUACUGCUUCACAGUGGUCUUGAGCUACGCUUACACAAGCAACACAACUAGAGCUGGGUUUUCCAGAGGUGACCAAUUCUAUGCGUCGUACCCAGCCGGAACUGAGCUUCUGACAGACCAAGCUAAGUUGUAUAAAGCUGCCCUUGGUAAUUGUUUUGAAACCCAAGAAUGGGGUCCUAUUGAGUACUGCAUCAUGGCUAAACACUUUGAGCGUCAGGGGAAAGGGCCUUAUGCGUGCCAUGCUCAAUACAUGGCACAUCUUCUAUCUCUUGGGCAACUUGAUGGAAGUGGCUAGAAGGGUAUUCCAUUUUCCAGAUGAUGUAGGAGAUCUUAUAACAGUAUCUCUAUGACCUUCAGAGUCAGUGGUAAUGUUCAAAGUAAAUCUGAUGCCAAUCGUGUAUCAAGUCGCACAUAAUAAUUGAUGUACAAACUUCCUGUAAUCCAUUUUGUAUGCCUUUUUCAUUGGGCUCAGUAUAUUAUGAAUUUGUGAUUUUCACAAGUUACCGCUAAACAACGUGUUUUGCUGCCCUCAUAAUCU